AUGCUGCGAGAACCUGUCGAUUUCACCACAGGUUUCGUAUUCACCAUUAGUCCUGCUAACAAGGAGAGCUAUGGCGAUGGGCUCGCCUUCUUCAUAGCAGCGAACGGAUCCUUACUCGACGGCACAGUAGGAACUGGUAGCAGUCUAGGCCUCCCCGUCGAUGACCAGCACCCGUUUGUGGCGGGGACGUUUGACAUCAACUCCGGCAGCUACAGCCUGGGUAUUAACCUCAACUCCGUCGAUUCUAGCAACACCGCGCUGGUGGAUGGUGUCACUAUGGAAGGACAACAAAAUAGUGGUACGAUUACUUAUGAUUCUGGCACAAAAUGGCUUCAUGUUUCGGUUUCAACUACCUAUGAUUCUGGCACAAAAUGGCGUAAUCUUUCCAGGACUGUGAAUCUGCAAGACUACUUUCCGGAGAGUGUGAUCGUUGUUGGUUUCUCAGCUUCAACGGGCUCUGCAUUCGCUCAGCAUAAGAUCAUCUCGUGGAAGUUUACUUCAACUUCUGCUGCUCUUGUUCCUUCUAGCCCAAUCCAAAAAAAUGAUUCUCUAGUUCCCUCUGGCCAAACAAGCAAAAACGAAUCUCAAGUAGUACUUCCUACCGCACCGGGCACUACUAGAAAAAGGGCCUAA